GUUUGUGUCUCCUACACGUAGUCAAAUAACCUUCGUACAUUCAUCGUUUUGAGUUAUAAGUAGUACGGUUGUGUUUUAUAGGUGAUUAUUUCUAUAAAAUUUAAUUACCAGAGGAUUAUUGUAGUAGAUAAAGAUGGAUAUUGUGUGGGCUCGAGAUCCCAUAGAGGGUUAUAUCCUUGGGCAAAUCUCGGAGCUUUUACCUGAUGGUACGGAAGUGGAACCAUUAGACCCAAAAUAUCCCAAACGCGUUUGUGCGUUCAGUGAAAUUCAUCAAACGGGCGACUACAACAAAGAAUAUGAAGAUAAUUGUGAAAUGAUGUACCUAAAUGAGAGCACACUAUUAAAUAACGUGAAAAGAAUGUACUACAAAAACAGAAUUUAUACUUAUGUUGCAAACAUAUUAAUUGCUGUAAAUCCCUACAAAGAAAUUUCUUCACUGUAUUCACAAGAAGCCAUCCAGAAGUACAGAGGCAAAUCACUAGGUCAAGAACCUCCACAUGUUUUUGCAAUUGCAGACAAAGCGUUUCGCGACAUGCGAGUUUGCAAACAAUCACAAUCAAUUAUCGUCUCGGGAGAAUCGGGAGCCGGAAAGACAGAAUCUACGAAACAUUUGUUACGUUUUCUUUGCAAUUCCAGUACAGGUUCCGUUGAACAAAAAAUUCUGGACGCCAAUCCUGUCCUUGAAGCGUUUGGCAAUGCAAAAACUACUAGAAACAAUAACAGUUCUCGAUUUGGGAAAUUUAUGGAGGUGCAUUUUGACAACAAAUUUCAGGUUGCUGGAGGUUACAUUUCGCAUUAUUUAUUGGAAAAGUCGCGCAUAUGUUCUUCUACGGGCGAGGAGCGAAGCUAUCAUGUAUUUUAUAGCCUUAUGGCGGGUGCUCCCGAACGUCUUAGGCAACAAUUGCAAUUAACACAACCUGAUCACUUUAAUUAUUUAAAAAGUGGAUGUACAAGAUACUUUGCAUCAUUGAAAAAUGAAAAGCUUCUGUCUUCUAGUCAAAAGAGUGCCGAUCAAGUACUGCAUGGUCCAUUAAAUGACACAAUUGUCGACGAUGUAGAAAAUUUCCAAGUUCUUGACAAAGCCUUAUUAAAUCUGGGAUUAAAUGAUUCCGAGAGGCAACAAAUAUACUCUAUGGUGGCAGCAGUGCUACAUCUUGGAAAUAUAAAUUUUGAAGACAACCCAGAAGACACCAGGGGUGGUUGUAGGGUGUCGCAAACCAGUGAGAAAACGCUUCUUAUAUCAUCGUCAUUACUAGGAAUAGAUGCCUCGGAGCUGAGGCAAUCACUAGUAUCUAGAGUUAUGCAAAGUAGUAGAGGAGGUGUGAAGGGAACUGUGAUAAUGGUGCCUUUAAAAAUGUAUGAAGCCGCCAAUGCAAGAGACGCUUUGGCAAAGGCUAUCUACAGCAAGUUAUUUGACUACAUUGUGCAUCGAAUUAAUCAAAGCAUUCCAUUUUCGGCAUCUAGUUAUUAUAUUGGUAUAUUAGACAUUGCGGGUUUUGAGUUCUUUACUGUAAAUAGUUUUGAGCAAUUUUGUAUAAAUUAUUGCAACGAAAAAUUACAACAAUUUUUUAAUGAAACUGUGCUUAAAUUUGAACAGGAAUUAUACAAAAGGGAAGGACUUAAUGUUCCUGAGAUCAAAUUUGUAGAUAAUCAAGAUUGUAUUGAUCUUAUCGAAACUAAAAACAAUGGUAUUUUUACUAUACUGGAUGAGGAAUCGAAACUGCCCAAACCGUCAUACAUGCAUUUCACUUCUGAACUGCAUAGCCGAUGGAAGAAUCAUUUUCGGCUUGGGUUACCUCGCUCAUCACGUUUGAAAGCUCAUAGGAAUUUAAGAGAUGACGAAGGAUUCAUGAUUAGGCAUUUCGCCGGUGCUGUGUGUUAUCAAACCGUUCAAUUCAUUGAAAAAAAUAAUGACGCCUUGCACGCCUCCCUGGAAGGAAUUGUCCAGGAAAGUUCCAAUAAAUUUAUUCAAUUACUUUUUGCAACCGCUAACGCUCAAAAAGGCAAACUGACCUUCAUCAGCGUUGGAAACAAGUUUAAAACGCAACUUGCGGAGUUAAUGGAGAAGAUUAGAAGUAACGGCACAAAUUUUAUACGCUGCAUCAAGCCUAAUAAUAGAAUGAUCGAUCAGCAAUUUGAUGGUGCUCUUAGUCUUAUGCAGUUAAAGUGUUCAGGAAUGACAUACGUAUUAGACCUUAUGGGACAUGGAUACCCUAGUAGGACACCGUUUAGUGAACUUUAUAAUAUGUAUCAACAAUAUUUACCCGCUGAAUUAAAAAAGUUACCCCCAAGGACUUUUUGUGAGGCUAUGCUGCAAAGCUUAAAACUUAGAGAAAAGGAUUUUAAAUUUGGUGUCACAAAAGUAUUCUUCAGACCAGGAAAGUAUGCAGAGUUUGACAAGAUUAUGAAAUCUGACCCCGAAAAUCUUAAAGAAAUAGUGUUAACUGUAAAGAAAUGGCUUACCAAAUCCAGAUGGUUGAAAUCGCAAUUUUGUGCACUUACCGUAAUUAAACUGAAAAAUAAGAUUUUAUAUCGCAGAGAGGCAUUAAUUAAAAUCCAAAAAACUGUGCGAGGAUACUUGAUUAAGAAAAAACAGAAACCCAGAAUUACUGGCAUACGAAAGAUGAAAUCCUUAGAGGCAAAUCUCAAAUUGUUAAAUGAGAUUGCAAAUCAACUAAAAAAGGGCAAAGAAAACAACAUGAACGAAAUCAAUUCGUUGAAAGGCGGAAUUUCGCUUGCAGUUGGAAGAAUUAAGAAAGAAGAGGCAAUAUCGGCAGAAGUAAUUGAUUCUCUUUAUAACGAACUAUUAAAGAAGUUUAAUGAUCAGAUGAAUAUCUUAAAGAAGAAAGUGCAAGAUGAGAAAAUUGCCGAAGAACAGGAAAGACUUAGAAAAAUUCAAGAAGAAAUGGAAAGAGAAAGACAACGAAAGGAGGAGGAGGAGAGAAAGCUACGGGAAGAAGAAGCAAAUAGAAGGAAAAAAGCCGAAAUGGAGGCGCAUCGCAAACAAGAAGAGGAAGAACGGCUAAAACAAGAAGACGCGGAUAGGAGAGCGGCAUUAGAACUACAAGCUAUCCACGAAAAAGAAGCAAAUGAAGAACGCAUUUAUGAGGAACAGUUAGAGCAAGAAAGGCAAGAUCAUGAGUUAGCCUUGCGAUUAGCACAAGAAAGUAACGGGCAAGUUGAAGAAAGCCCAUCUGUAAUAAGAAACGGCCCAGUGGGAUCUACUCAGCAAAUAAAGAAACUCAACAGGUAUGAUCAGUUGAAGAACAACCAAACAGCCAAUAAAGGAAAAUAUGAUUUGUCAAAAAUGAAAUACUCAGAACUACGGGACACCAUCAAUACAUCCUGUGACAUUGAACUGCUGGAGGCAUGCCGACAUGAGUUUCAUCGACGGUUAAAGGUGUAUCACGCUUGGAAAGCAAAGAAUCGCAAGCGCACAACCAUGGACGAAAACGAACGUGCGCCAAAAUCCGUGAUGGAUGCGGCGACAAAAGCGCCUAGAAUACAACAAAAAGUUGCAGUUAUCGAAAAUAGCCAUCGUUAUUUUCGUAUUCCUUUCAUACGUCCUGGGCAAGCGACCGCUGUUGGAGAACAUCAUAAAAGAGGCUGGUGGUUUGCGCAUUUUGAUGGGCAGUAUGUUGCCAGACAGAUGGAGUUACAUCCGGAAAAAGCUCCAAUACUAUUACUUGCAGGCAAGGACGACAUGCAAAUGUGUGAACUCUCUCUAGAAGAAACAGGAUUGACUCGAAAGCGAGGAGCAGAAAUAUUGGAAAACGAAUUCAACAAGGAAUGGGAACGUAACGGUGGUAGUCCAUACCAGUGUCCAGCAGAUAGAAAACGCUAAAGAAUUGAUUAACUGCAAUAUUUAUGACUUUCGCCCUUUUGCUAAUUUAUUAGAUUCUUCCUAUAUGUGUAGAUAAAAAAAAUUGUAUGUUUAUUAUAGUUUAUUUAUUUAAACUUUUCAAAGAUAAAUUGUGUGAUUUUGUUACUCUAGAAAGCUAUUUGGAUGUGUAUUACUUGCAUUUAUAAUAUUUAUACAAUUUCUACUUAA